GAUUUUUCCCUUCUUUUCUUGUCCAAGAACCUGAUUUAGAACCCAGAAAUCUCCCCCCCUGCAGGAAGCUUCCGGAUCUGCUCUGCUAUUCCGCCCUUGUCCGCCGGCUGCUCUUGUUGUGGGGGCCGAAUUUCUCUGAUUUUGGGAUUUCUUUUUCCAUGCCGCAGGCUCUUCCCCCAAACUGCAGUCCGGUUGUGCUAGGAAAAUUAUGGUUCUGAUCGUUCUGUCACUUAGCACUGAGAUUGAGUGCUCGGUCUUAUGCGAGUGAGGUAGUGUGACUUGAGACUCGAAAAUCAAGGGGAGUGACAUGAUAGAAGGCUAGCCACUUAAGAUUUGACAUAGAUUUUAGAUACAUGUAUACCACGCUCUUUUAUGAUGGCUAAGAUACUAUCUUUAGCCAGUAAACGUGGUUUCAUGUCUUCAACAAUGCUCCUCUUCAGCCUUCUAAUGGCCGUCCUCUCAACCACAAGUGCCCAAAUCGGUGUUUGUUAUGGCAUGCUUGGUAACAACUUACCACCCCGCCCAGAAGUCAUAGCUCUCUACAAAAAAUACAACAUCCGAAGGAUGAGACUCUACGACCCGGAUCAAGCUGCGCUCCAAGCCCUCGGAGGCACCAACAUUGAGGUCAUGCUCGGCGUCCCGAACACCGAUCUCGCACGUAUCGCCGCCAGCCAGGACAAUGCCAACGCUUGGGUCCAAAACAACGUCAAGAACCACGCCAACGUUAAGUUCCGCUACAUAGCCGUUGGGAAUGAAGUUAAGCCCUCGGAUUCUUUUGCACAGUUUCUAGUCCCCGCCAUGCAGAACAUCCGAAAUGCACUUUCGGUUGCCGGACUUGGAAUCAAAGUUUCUACGGCUAUCGACACCGGGACCCUCGGAGAAUCUUUCCCACCGUCCAAGGGGUCUUUCAAGGGUGAAUAUAUGCCGAUUCUAAACCCUGUUAUUCGUUUCUUGGUGGACACACAAGCUCCAUUGCUGGUCAACUUGUAUUCUUACUUCAGUUACAUAGGCAACACGAAGGACAUCUCCCUUAAUUACGCCCUCUUCGCGGAUCCGGCGCCCGUGGUCCAAGACGGGUCUCUACAGUACCAUAAUCUUUUCGAUGCAAUUCUUGAUGCAGUCUAUGCUGCCCUUGAGAAGUCCGGUGGAGGUAAUUUAGAGAUUGUUAUAUCAGAGAGUGGCUGGCCUACUGACGGUGGAACGGCGACGACGGUUGAUAAUGCAAGGACUUACAACAACAAUCUGAUUCAACAUGUGAAGGGAGGGACUCCGAAGAAGCCUGGAAAGCCCAUCGAGACAUACAUUUUUGCCAUGUUUGAUGAGAAUAGCAAGGAACCGGAGUAUGAAAAACACUGGGGCCUGUUUUCUCCAAACAAGCAGCUUAAAUAUCCAGUCAAUUUUACUCAAGGAAGUAGGAAAAAUAAGGGCAUUUAAGUUGUUUAGUUUUGCUGUAUGACUAAAUAAAUGCAUAUAAAGAUAUAUGCAAGGC